ACAAAAGAUCAAAAUAUGAUUUGUCUUGUGCUCAAACCAAAAUGAGCUUGUUUUUCCUUGCAUGAGUUCGAUUCCCAUAUUUUCACUGAUAUCAAGAGUUUAAAAUUCUAGGGUUCACUUUGUAUUAAGGUAUAAAUAUCAGGGGUCACUUUGUAAAAUCAAUGUUCUUCCUAGCAUACAAUGUUUUUUACAAACGCCAUUGAUGACCACGACAGACGCAAAAAGACUCUGUUUUUGACGAACGAUAUCAGAUAUCUCUGUGAAAGGACUCCUUGGUUGCUUCAACACUUGUCUUUCUCUUGUACAAACUUAUAAGAUCACUUUUACAAUCUUAUAUAGCUGAUGCAAUCUCGCGCAUUGUCGCGCCUGAGAAGUUACUACAGAAGAUCAUCGGUAAUUCCCAUCUCAGACAAUGAACGAUCCGUGCAACUACGUAAUCUCGUACGUUCGAUUUACUCUUCCAGCUCAAGACCCAGGAGGGAAGGAUAUAGCUCGAAACCACGUGUGCCACGACCCGAAUGGCUGAUUGGGAAGCUGUGCAAAGUAGGUAAACUUGCAGAAGCACGCAAACUGUUCGACGGAUUGCCUGAGAGAGAUGUGGUCACAUGGACGGAUGUGAUUACUGGGUAUAUUAAGUUAGGGAAUAUGAGAGAAGCUAGGGAAUUGUUUGAUAGGGUUGAUUCUAGGAAAAAUGUUGUGACUUGGACAGCCAUGGUUAGUGGGUACUUGAGAUCUAAGCAGCUUUCUGUAGCUGAGACGCUUUUCCAGGAGAUGCCUGAGAGAAAUAUAGUUUCUUGGAAUACUAUGAUUGAUGGGUAUGCUCAGAGCGGGAGAAUUGAUAAGGCCCUGGAACUGUUUGAUGAAAUGCCUGAGAGAAACACUGUUUCUUGGAACACAAUGAUUAAAGCGCUGGUGCAGCGUGGGAGGAUAGAUGAGGCGAUGAAUCUAUUCGAAAGAAUGCCUAUAAAGGAUGUCAUUUCAUGGACAGCUAUGGUCGAUGGAUUGGCAAAGAACGGUAAGGUAGAUGAAGCGAGACGACUUUUCGAUUGUAUGCCUGAGAGAAAUAUCAUUUCUUGGAAUGCUAUGAUCACUGGUUAUACAUAUAACAAUAGGAUAGACGAAGCUGACCAACUCUUUCAAGUGAUGCCGGAGAGGGACUUUGCUUCAUGGAAUACGAUGAUCACAGGAUUUAUACGGAAUAGGGAAAUUAACAGGGCAUGUGGUUUAUUCGACCGGAUGCCUCAAAAGAAUGUUAUUUCCUGGACCGCGAUGAUUACAGGAUACGUCGAGAAUAAAGAAAACGAAGAGGCGCUUAAAGUUUUCUCAAAGAUGUUAAGGGAUGGCUGUGUUAAGCCUAAUGUAGGAACUUAUGUGAGCAUUUUAAGCGCCUGUAGUGACUUGGCUGGGCUUGUGGAAGGGCAGCAGAUUCACCAGUUGAUAUCUAAGUCGGUCCACCAAGAGAACGAAGUUGUGACUUCAGCGCUUAUUAACAUGUACUCGAAAUCCGGUGAACUGAUUGCUGCUAGGAAGAUGUUCGAUAACGGACUGGUAUGCCAACGGGAUUUGAUAUCAUGGAACAGUAUGAUUGCGGUUUAUGCACACCACGGGCAUGGGAAGGAAGCAAUUGAAAUCCACGCCGGACUGGUAGAGAAAGGAAUGGAGUUUUUUAAGGAGCUUGUGAGAGACGAGUCACUUCCUCUGCGAGAAGAGCACUAUACGUGUCUCGUGGAUCUCUGCGGUCGUGCUGGUAGAUUAAAAGAUGUUUUAAAUUUCAUCAACUGUGAUGACGCUAGGCUAUCAAGAUCGUUCUAUGGAGCGAUCUUAUCCGCUUGUAAUGUUCACAGUGAAGUGAGUAUUGCUAAGGAGGUGGUGAAGAAGGUAUUAGAAACAGGGUCGGAUGAUGCUGGGACUUAUGUAAUGAUGUCUAAUAUAUAUGCGGCGAGCGGGAAAAGGGAAAAAGCUGCAGAGAUGAGAAUGAAAAUGAAAGAGAAAGGGUUGAAGAAACAGCCGGGUUGCAGUUGGGUUAAGAUCGGGAAUCAGACGCAUCUUUUUGUUGUUGGAGAUAAGUCACAUCCUCAGUUUGAAGCCUUGGAUUCGAUAGUAUCCGAUCUUCGCAACAAAAUGAGAAAGAACAAGAACAUGACCUCAGAAGCGGAAGAAGAUGAGUUCUUGGUUCUUUGAAUUCCUUCUGCAUACCGGAGAUGUAUUCAGACUCCUUGGUAAAAGAUCAGUGAACGGAUUUAUUCAAGCCAUUUGGUGUUGGACUAAACAAUUCAUCUGCCCGAAGUAUCAUGACGAUAAGGACAUGAUAUGACACAGCUUGCAGGAGAUUUUCUGUUUGUAGUUAGUUGGCUUAGAAAAUGCAACUGAUACGUCUUAGCCUUAUAGAUUACCUUUUUUGUAUGAUUCGAUUUUUUUACCAUAUAUACCAGAUAGUACUGAUUACUCAUUCA